AGACAUAAAGCCUGAAAACAUUUUAAUAAAAGAUGAAGUAGAAGACGGAUUUUAUAGAGUUAAAGUCGCAGACUUCGGCUUAGCAAAGACUAUCGAAAAUUGCGGUGCAUUCGCAACGACUAUGGUCGGCACUCCGCAGUAUUGGGCUCCUGAAGUUAUUAAUUCAAGCGGAGGACGGUCGUACGGCUUUGCUGCGGAUCUGUGGAGUUUUGGAGUUUGUUUGUUUGUCUUCCUCGGAGGAAAUUAUCCUUUUGAAGGCAGCCCAGCGUCACUUCAGCAACUCGUACUCAAUGGAAGAUUUCAUUUUCGUCAUCCCCGGUUUUCUCGCGUCUCCGAAGAUGCGAAGAAUUUAAUUCGUAGGGCGUUGGUGGUGGAUGAGAGGAAGAGAAUAACAGAAAGAGAAAUAUUUUAUCACCCAUGGAUGACUCGAUGGCUGUGUGCGUUUGAUCGCUCUCGUUUGCAUCUUGAAGACAUUAAAACAACAGCAUUUCGCUAUAUGCCUGUUCUUCCUCCUCUUUCAUCUCCUUCUUUUCCUUAUCCCCCUCCUUCUUGGAGUUACAUUGAUUCAUCUAGUAAUGCUGCAUCAUCUGAAUUCGCUGGUGAACACCGCAUGCAUGCGUCAGCAGCAGCAGCAGCAGCAGCAGGAAGAGGAGGAGGAGGCAGCAGCAGAGCAGCAGCAGAUGCUGUUGAAUUGCAUACUGAUGCUAUCGAGACCUUUACCGAUAUAUUUGCUCUAUUAGAAGAAGAUGAAGCUUGCGAAGAAGAUGCAGCAGCAGCAGCAGCAGAAACAGAGACUAUUACAGAGUUAUUCGCUCAGAUACGUAGAUGGAUCUGCGAUAUGCAGAAAGAAGGGGAACGGUUGGGUCUUCGAUAUGAAAGAGCUGAGGCGUCUGCUUCAGAUUUAAUUUGCUGCUUAGUUGCUGCUGUCUCUGCUCCUCUUAAAGAAGACAGCAGCACAAACACCAAUAAAAACGACAUAAGCAGCAGCAACAACUGCAGCAGCAGCAGCGAGAACGCAGCUGCUGCUCCUGUUGGUGCUGCUGCUGCUGCUGCUGCUGCUGCUGCUUCGAAGCAGGAGCAGAUCUCAGCAGCGUUUGGCGUUGCUGCUAGCCAACAGCAAAUGCAAAAUAAUGAAGACAAGUGGAGAGGUGGUCAGAGUGCUGCUGCUGCUGCUGCUGCUGAUGCAGCAGCAGCACUACCAGCUGCAGCAAACAAUAUGGAGGUGUGGGGUGGGGGAGGGAGGUUAGAUCUCCUAAGAGAGUAUCUUGGGUCUAGCCUAAGAAGAAUGCUUUACAGCUGUGCACAGCCAUCUACAGAAGAACUGCUGCAGCAGCAGCAACAGCAUCAGCAGCAGCAGCAGCAGCAGCAGCAGCAAAAACGGCAGCAGCAACAGGCGUCCGGCUCAUCCCCCACCGAUGACGCUGCUGCAGCCGUUCCUGUUCCUGCUGCUGCUGCAGCAGCAGCAGCAGCAGCAGAAGAAGAACGAAGGGAGAUAGAAGCUGGAGUGCAGGCGUGGAGCCAGGUGGGGCUGCCCGACCCUUCUCAGCUGAGAGCAGAUCAGCUUGAUGCUAUUCGAGCCCUAAAACAAAUGCCUACUUAA